CUCUCAUGCAUCAGCGUUCACUGUGAAUGGAUCUGAACCACAUGCGUCUUAUAUUCAACAAUUUCUUCUCUUACAUUGUUCGAUUUGCUUUUAAUGUAACUAAUAUUUCCAGACAUAUACAUUUACACAACUGAAAGCGUUUGUCGGGAACAAAACAAUCAAGAUGAUCUUCGCUGGAUUCACCUGCUCCAAGAAUUCCCUGUGCGCGCUCAACAUCCUCUAUGUUAUGGUGAGUUUGCUGAUGAUUGGCAUCGCUGCCUGGGGGAAAUGUUUUGGGCUGGUGUCGAGCUUUCAAGUGGUGGGCGGCAUCAUCGGUGUGGGAGUCUUUCUCUUCUUUGUUGCCCUUGCUGGACUUAUUGGUGCCAUAAAGCACCACCAGGUUCUGCUGUUCUUUUACAUGAUUAUCCUGUCCCUGGUGUUUGUAGUUCAGUUCUCAGUGUCCAGUGCGUGUCUGGCUAUUAAUGAAGACCAGCAGAAUCACCUGUUGGAGGUGGGCUGGAAUAAUUCACUGACCACUCAGAGGGACGUGGAGAAGAGCUUGAACUGCUGUGGCUUUUCUCAUAUGGAUAUCAAUGGAAGCUGUGCUGCUCCCUGCUUUCAUUAUAACAUGUGCACCACAUGUGCAGCAAAGAUCCAGGAGCAUGCUGGCGAAGUGCUGCGCUUCGUUGGAGGAAUUGGCCUCUUCUUCAGCUUCACUGAGAUCCUGGGUGUUUGGCUGACAUACAGGUACAGAAACCAAAAGGACCCGCGGGCGAAUCCCAGUGCCUUCCUGUAACCUCUCCAGGCUCGAUUCUCCUGACGACUUCACUUGAUUUGUCCUGAGCACUUGUCUAACCGCUGGAAUUCUUAUUGGAGCUUUGUUUAAGGAGAGUGUGUUUUUGCUUUUACUGAAGAGGAGACCAGCCUGUGUGUUCGUGCUGAUAUAUAUAUAUAUAUAUAUAUUUAUAUAUUAUGUUUUUGAUUUUUCAAGAGUACAGUGUGAUAGCACUGUACAUUAUGAGGCUGUAUCCUGCUUUUGUUUGAAGAAUACUCUGAAUCAAAGAACAUUACAUCAGUACACCAAAUACCAGUAUGCAGUAUGCACAUUAGCCACUAGUUGGUUAAACCACAAAGACCAUUUAGUCAUAAGAUUGCAGUUUUAUUAUUUGGUAUUUAACGUGAGCUGCAGUGAUCAAGAUUGACAGUGUGUGAGCACGAUUUACAUUCUGAUUGGCUGUCACACUUAAUAUAUUCAGCUGGAUGAUGCAUAAACUUGGUUUUCUACCAAUUAACACACUUGCCUAGAAACCCUAGUCACACUAUUUUGAUUAGACUUAAAAUUAAUAUGCAAAAACAAAAACAACCAUGGAUUAUUAAGGUUGAAGGCAGAAUGUUUUGAACACAGUUUAAUGAUCUCAGAUUUCAUAUUACACGAAUGUUUAUCUGCCUAUUUUAUUCCUAUUUUGUGUGUGUGUGUGUAUGUGUGUGUGUGUGUGCGUGCUCGUGUGCUCGUUUUACUGGGUUGAUUAAUAAGGUUUUUGCUUCUUGCAUGUUUCCUCAUUGAAAUGUACAUCUAUACUCAAUGGUUCUGUGAACUAUGCUCUCAAGUGCUUGAAAAGAAAACAGAAAAACAAUAAAGACUCGGAGGACACAAUUGUACUUUCCCUGAUUUUAUUAUUGUUGGGCUUCCACAAUGCUUAUGAUUGAGGCUUUUAUUGUCUGAAAUUCCAUUCCAAGAGAGUAUUUCAUGACAGCAACUUCCUCCAACCUCUGACCAAUCAGAAACCAACACGGUCAAAUGCUAGCAUAUAACCAAGCAACACGGUGACUCAUGAAAACAUGUUGCCAGUUAUAAAGGCCCCUCCCACCAAGAUAUGAGCCGGAGACUCCGUUAACUAGAAAACCUAGUCACGGCAGUCACAGUUCAUUGCAAUUCACUGUUUUAACACAUUACAAUGAGAACUGGCUUUCAGACAAAUUCAUUUUUUCCAAAAACAAAACAAAA